GAGUGGGGCUAUUUGAAGUCUGUGCUUUGCAUCAGACUCGGCGCAGUUUAGACGGGCAGGUGGAGGGAGCACGUCUGAUCUGAAAUCCUCGGAAGAGCCUGAAAGGAUUAAAUCGCCUUGUUUGGCUUACUUGCUGUUGGACAAGGUGGUUUAAAACGUGAGGUCCACAUAUAUCAGCAAGAUAAGAAUCUUUUGGACCCGUACUACUGUAUUACUUACGCGGACAACUGACUUCUUGCCAGCAAGCUAUCUAGCUAACUACCAGCGUGCAACUACGAUAUAGCUAUCAUAGGCUAAUUAGCUAACAGUUAGCCCACCAGCAGGCUACCAAUGUUAAUAUAGCCAACAUUCAUAUUUCUACAGGGUAACGAGCUACUCGUUUUUAAUUUAAUACAAUUCAGACUUGGUUAACGACGUACCAGACGUGGAAUACCACCACAGCUCCUCAUACUAAAGCAACCAACACAUCAAGACGCCAAGGAAUAUUGAAAAUUGAACAGUGAAAAGUGGAGCCCUUCGCCAAAUUCAGUGGGAAUAUCGAACAAAGACGCCCCGCACAACGAAACGCGAACGCCGGGUAGCUACAGCUAUUGCACGUCAGAGGCGCCGACUGAUCGCCCAUUAGGAAAGGAUUUGACCAGUGAUAGCUUGCUUGCCUCAAGACGACAUAGCUAGCUAAUUUGUGAUCCAGUAUUUCGAAGAAAUCGACGACCCUUUAAGGCCUAAUUUCAAUUAUGGAUUCAUAGUUCACUCAGUCUUGGAGCGCACUGCGAGCUGACUUUUUUGUUCUCGUUUGAAGAGAAUAGGAAUCCUACUUGCGGACGAAAGGACCUGGCUGACGUUAACGUUGGCUAGUUACGAUUUUUGUUCACAUUUGACUUUUUUGUCGAUACUGUUAGCUAGUCCUAGAAAUUGAGAUACUUUCGAAACGCACCUUCGGGAAUGUUUUUCAUCAACUGAAGUGACCACUGAUUGGGACUAGACUCGGUCAGGCAGGCUAGCUAACUGGCUAGCUACCAUUGUUCUGCUUUGGUGAAGGAGAGUGGAUCCCUUUGUCUUCCACAAACGAGAUGAGCGUGAAUGUGCAGACUGCUCCACGCACUCUUCCUCUGCGACUGAAACGGCUCGAAUUGGAGGAUCCCCUCGAAGCGGACACCCUGAAAUGCAAGCGUCCCAGGCUGAGCCUUCCCCCCUCCCCUGGUCUGGCCCCCUGCCUCCGGCCACUAACCCAGAGCCCAACUCCAGGUGGUGCCGAGCAGCACUGUGUUUCCCGCAUUGGACCUUACAUCCUGCUCGAGGCUACAGAGGGCACCCAGACAUACAGAGCUGUCCACAGUGUUACAGAGACUGAGUAUUCUUGCAAGGUCUUCUCAGCGAGGAGGUACCAGGAGCUGAUCGCCCCCUACACCCGCCUGCCCCCGCACGAGAACAUCAGCCACAUCUCCGAGGUGGUGACGGGCGAGCGCAACGUCUACGUCUUCUUCGAGCGCAGCUACGGUGACAUGCACUCGUACGUGCGCACCUGCAAGCGGCUGCACGAGGAGGAGGCAGUGCGGCUCUUCGGCCAGAUGGUGGCGGCCGUGGCGCACUGCCACGAGCACGGCGUGGUCCUCCGCGACCUCAAGCUCCGCAAGUUCACCUUCGCUGACCCCCAGAGAAGGAAGCUGGUGCUGCAGAACCUGGAGGAUUCCUGCCUUCUCAAAGGAGACGACGAUUCAUUGACUGACAAACAUGGCUGCCCGGCCUACGUGGGGCCAGAAAUCCUCAACUCCCGGCACUCGUACUCAGGGAAGGCGGCCGACGUGUGGAGCCUGGGCGUGGUCCUGUACACCAUACUGGUGGGACGCUACCCCUUCCAGGACGUGGAGCCCGCGGCGCUGUUCAGCAAGAUCCGCAGGGGGGUGUUCACCAUCCCCGAGUCCCUGUCGCCGCGGGCCAAGUGCCUGGUGCGUUGCAUGUUGCGCAAGGCCCCCUCGGAGAGACUGGAGGCAGGGGAGAUCCUGCUGCACCCCUGGCUCACCUGCGCCGCCACGUCGUCCUCAAGCAACCACCUCAGUCCCAGAAGCCACAGCGACCAAGUGGUUCCGGACUUCGGAGAAAGUGAAGAUAACGACCAUUUAUAAGUGGAAGUGGGGGUGGGGAGGGAGAAAGGGAGUACUCAAGUCUUCGCUCUGAUCACCCCCUUCCUUCUCCCCCCUUUUGUUGCGAGUACUAUACCCUCUGAGGGGAUAUUGCUGAAAACAGCAGGUCUUCAGGGAUGGGGGGGGGGGAAAACCUGCUAUACCCCAAUCAGUGCUAAGUCAGAAGUGGUUCACCACAAAGCAUGGGAUCAUCAUUGGGGCGGCUCUACCAACCGCUGGCUUUCUCAGUCAGAAGAGGUAGUAAAUAAGGAAGGUUUGUGGCCGUGUAGGUGAUUUGGCAUCUUUUCAGAUUUAAAAUCUGGGCUCUAUUGACAUUUUAGAAGCCUGUUGCAGCUUAAAUAUUUAAGUUUUUGUGGUUUUUUUUUUUAACACUGCAAAGGGUUUGACGGAAUAUAUAGAUGACCAAGAGGUGACAGCAAGCACUCUGAAGGAGACAGCUCCAUAUGUACAUGAGGUUUUGAGAGUUUUUCUUUUCGUAUGAUGGGUGUUAUUCCAUGGAAUCUUCAGACAGAAUCAACAUAAACCGCUUAUGUCACCUUCAUAAUCUAUAAUUUUUCAGUCUGGCAGUAUUUUCCCUUUGCAAAAAGCUACCUUGUGACAAAUGUCGAUUUUGGGGGGAAAAGACAUGAUUGGGAAGAGGUUUUUAAAGAGCAGGUAAGAGUACUGGUGUCAGAUACCUCUAAACUUGAUGUAAUCCUGGAAUACUUGAUGCACAACAGAGUUUGUGCCUUUUUUCUACUGUUGUUUACAUAGUUUGCUGUGUAAAUCUGGAUCCAAUCAUUCUAAAGUGCCUUAUUAACUAAGAAAAGUAACCCUCCAUAGUUCCUCUGUGUCUCUUUUUAUUUAUCCUCAUGGAAGUUAUUAGAACCAAAUAAGGCGUGCUUUACCAAAGAGUGUCUGUAGCUUCCCUCAGCCAUCACUUUAUGUAUGCAUCUAGGUUAACUUAACUGAAUUCACUGUUUUUGUCUGAAGGUAAAAACAGUUAAUGUUGUUUGGCUCUUAACAUUGAAAGGACUAUACAUAAUAAGACGCAGGGUUUAGCUUUUAGUUUUUAUGAAGAACUUGUGAUAUGUCAUUGUGCGCAUGUUGUCAUAGGUCAUGAAAAGGUUGCGCAAUGACCGCAAACAACUUCUGCUUGACUUGGUUCAUGUCUGUAUUAGUGUGUACAGUGGGGUGGGUUUUAACCAGAAGGAUACCAGACUUGCAUUUCCAUUACCCAAACAAGGGCAAAGUGGUAUUACGUUAUUUGGACCUGAAGUUACAGGAGGCAUUAAAGAGUCAAGCAGAACCUGCAUAUAGCUGGGUGACCCUAAGUCCUGGUUCUCUCUGGGGGAAAAAAAAACAACUGAAUUGUGAAUUUGUAAAUAGCGUUUUUGUUAUUAGGCAGAGAAAAAAAAUGCACACUACAUUUUCUUUUGAGGG